UGUGUGUGUGUGUGUGUGUAGUGGAACAUCUACUUCUCACUUCUGUAGCGCUGGAAUCUUCUGGAGCCGCAGCUAUAGCUACAGUCUACACAGGAUAGCCGGCCGGCCGUGUUUAAAGGGUGGUGUUUAGCUGUGUUUAGCAGUGUGUUUACUGCAAUGGCUGAGGCUCACCAGGCCGUGGCAUUUCAGUUCACCAUCACUCCGGAUGGCGUUGACCUGCAGCUGUCCCGCCAGGCCCUCGGGCAGAUCUGUCACUCUGGCCUGCGCUCCUGGAAGAACCGUUUUAGCAGGAUGAAGAAUGGGGUCCUGAGGGGUGUGUAUCCCGCUAGCCCCUCCUCCUGGCUCUUUGUUGUCAUAGUGAUCCUGGCCACCUUGCAUGCACAGUCUGACCCCUCCAUGGGUCUGAUUGCAAAGAUACAGGAUCACCUGCCCCUCAGUCUUUCUCUCACUCUGAGUGCUAAUGGUCAGACGAUGGUGUCAGCACUGGUGUUCAGUACUCUGCUGUGGCUCUCUGUGAUCUCGGCUUUGAGGUUCUGUCUGAAAGUUCUGCUCUCCUAUCACCGCUGGAUGUUUGAGCAGCAUGGCCGCAUCUCCAACAUCACCAAAGUCUGGGUGACCCUGGUCAGGUUAUUUUCCAGCAGGAAGCCGCUGUUGUACAGUUAUCAGACUUCUUUACCACACCUGCCUGUUCCUCCCAUUAAAGACACACUGGACCGGUAUCUGGAGUCAAUUCGCCCCCUGCGGAGUCCGGCAGAUUUUGAGCGCGUGAGCCGAUUGGCUGCUGAGUUUGAGAGCAGUCUGGGAAACCGCCUUCAGAGAUACCUUAAACUUAAAGCCCUGUGGGCCACUAAUUACGUGAGUGACUGGUGGGAGGAGUAUAUUUACCUGCGAGGCCGGAAUCCCAUCAUGGUCAACAGCAACUACUAUGGAAUGGAUUACCUGUAUGUGACCCCCACAGCAAAUCAGGCAGCCCGAGCCGGAAACACCAUCACCGCCCUGCUGCUGUACCGGCGCAAGGUCAACCGCGAGGAGCUGAAACCUAGUCGUAUUCCAGGUACUGUAAUACCGCUCUGUGCAGCUCAGUGUGAGCGAAUGUUCAACACAACACGUGCUCCUGGAGAGGAAACAGAUGUUCUGCAGCACUGGGAGGACAGUGAAUAUGUUGCUGUGUACCACAAGGGGCGCUUUUACAGGCUGUGGGUUUACCUCACUGGGCGCCUCCUCUCGCCCAGAGAGAUCCAGUACCAGAUUCAGAGAAUCCUGGAUGACCCAUCACCUCCUCAGCCAGGAGAGGAGAAACUGGGGGCGCUUACUGCAGGAAACAGGAUUCCGUGGGCUCGGAUAAGGAAGCAGUACUUCAGUUCUGGUGUAAACAAGCGCUCCCUAGAUUUGAUAGAGAAAGCAGCAUUCUUCGUCACUCUGGAUGAUGAGGAAGAGGGGAUGAGGGGGGAUGAUCCGGCUGGAAACCUCGACCGCUAUGCCAAAUCCCUGCUGCACGGCAAGUGCUAUGACAGGUGGUUUGAUAAGUCCUUCUCUGUGGUGAUCUUUAAGAAUGGUAAAACAGGCCUGAAUGCUGAGCACUCCUGGGCUGAUGCUCCUACAGUGGCUCACUUAUGGGAGUUCACAUUGGCCACUGAUGCUUUUCAUUUGGGCUAUGACACCAACGGAAACUGCAAGGGUGAAGUGGAUUGCUCUCUGCCUCCUCCUCAACGGCUGACUUGGAACAUUCCAUCAGAGGUUCAGGUGCAAGUGUCGGAUUCUCUGGCCGUGGCUCGGGCUCUGGCUGAUGAUGUGGACUGUCAUGUGUUUCCUUUCCAAGAGUUUGGGAAAGGCCGCAUUAAAAAACUGAAGAUCAGCCCAGAUGCUUUCAUUCAGCUAGCGCUGCAGCUCGCUUACUACAGGAACAGAGGAGGUUUUUGCCUGACGUACGAGGCCUCCAUGACGCGUCUGUUCCGAGAUGGUCGCACUGAGACUGUGCGCUCCUGCUCCAACGAAAGCUGUGACUUUGUCCUGGCACUGGAGAACGGAAAGGGAAGGGAAGAGUGCUGCAAGCUGUUCCGCAAAGCUGCUGAAAAACAUCAGAAUCUGUACCGGCUGGCAAUGACCGGCUCAGGCAUCGACAGACACCUCUUCUGCCUGUAUGUGGUCUCCAAAUAUCUGGGAGUGGACUCUCCUUUCCUCAAGGAGGUAUUGUCCGAGCCCUGGCGUCUCUCCACCUCUCAGACUCCUAUUCAGCAGUUGGAACUGUUUGACCUGGUCAACCAUCCUGAGUUUGUUUCUCUGGGUGGAGGAUUUGGCCCGGUGGCUGAUGAUGGUUAUGGUGUUUCGUACAUCAUCGUCGGUGAGGACAUGAUCAACUUCCACGUGUCCUCCAAACACUCCUGCAAAGAAACUGACUCUCAUAAAUUUGGCUUUGAAAUUAGCCAUGCCUUAACAGACCUCAUGAAUCUUCUCAGCACGGGCUCUAGUGGACCAGCGCCGGAGAAAAAACAGCCCUGAACUGUAAAAAAGAAAAGAGAAAGUCUGUGAGUGAGAGUGUGUGUGUGUAUAUAAACACUGCGUUAUCUGAGCUGGACUAGGUUUCCCUGAGGAGCUUAACAAAUACAAUGUGCAGGAUCUGACAGAUUGAAAUGUUUUCUAAAUUUCCCACACAUAACACAGAUUAAAAGGUUGUAGCACAGACGUUCAAGCCAUUUAUUGUUUCACUACAGAUUACACUUAAUGAAGUUCCAAAACACAGCUGGACAAAAACAGUUGCAGUGCUGUAUCGGACGCAUCUUCUAUAAACAUUACGCCACAUUAGAAAAAGUACCAAAAACAACCUAUACUCACCGUCAAAGUAUAGUUGCACCCAGAAGCAAUCAGCUGACAGGAAGGAAACUUUGUGUAGCCUUGAUUUUAUAAAGCGGCAUAAAGCGGCAGGCCAUAUAAAAUGACAUUGAGGGGUCAGAGGUCGCCAACUUACUGUUUCUGCAGAGUCAAGCAGCUGCAUCCAGUCCUUACAUGACCAAGCAAUGCAACGUUAAGUGUCAGAUGCAGUGGAGCAGUAAAGCACACAGCCACUGGAUUCUAGAGCAGUGGAAAUGUGGCAAUCAGAAUUUUUAUUUGGUGGAUUUGGUGGCUUGUCUUGUCUGGUUACAUUGUGCAGGGGGGGGGCAGCUGCACGACUUAGGACUAUGUGCAUGCAGACCAUUACUAUGGCUUCCCUAGAUUGUCUCCAGUCUUCUACAGUGAUAAGUACUGUUUUUAUCUUGGUGAAGACAAACAACAAAUCUGUGUGGAUGCACAGUGCUCAGUCAUGGUCACAAAUGAAAAAGUAUGAUAUACUAUUGAACGUGUUUUCAACACUUCACCCCUAGCAAAGAUUUUUUUAAACUGAGGGAGGAACCUCUACAGCUCCAAGCUAAAUCAUCAUAUGCGUUAAGUUAUCAAAUAUGGUGGCCCAACCCCAUAUUGAAAGGAUGUAGCUCAAUAAAUAAAUACUCCUGUUUAAAAUCCUAAGACUAGUUUAAAAAAAUGCACUUUUGGAUCCUAAUAAGGUUUUAAGUAGAGCUUCAUGAUGCUUAAAGAAGGAAUGGGCGCAAGAGACAAAACCUUCUGAGCAGCCAAUUUAUUGACAACUGCAUUUAAACUCAAACAUGCUUUUUUUUAGCUGAUCAAAAGUUUAAGACCACAGGAUGGAUUUCACGUCCAUUAUCUGUCAAGUAUUCACACUGUUAAUACCUUCUGACGGCAAAAGAAAAAAAGCUCACUGACUUUGAAGCUGGUUGGAUUGUUGCUAUCCCUCGUUGCAGGAUCCGAUUGGAGUCCACCAAGACUCUGGAUGAUGUUCGACCCAAAUUAUGGCCAUUACUAGUGAAGACUGCAGCUCAAUAACCAUCAUACAAGAGACGAGCUUUAGAAACAAAAACAUCUUUAAAGGUGAAAAAAAAAAACAAUAAAAAAUGUAACCUUGACGAUCCUGAUGGCUUUUAAUGUUACUGGCAUGACAAGGACAUCCUUUGUCCUUCAAUGGAACAAUAGAGCUUUAGGUUGUUCAGGAGCAUCAAACAGCGGCUGGCUAUGUGGAGAUGGUAAUGACUGGGUUUUUCAACAAGACAAUGCUGGACUUCUUCCAGGAGAAUAACAUUAAUGUUUUGGUCCAUUCUGCAUUUUCCCUUGAUCUAUCUUUGAUUGGGAUAAACAUCCAGGGACAUUUACAAAAAUGGACAACAGUUCCAUGACAGUUCCAUGCCCUUCAUGAAGCCAUCUUCAGUGCUUUGAGCAAAGUUCCCACUAGCCUCCUGGAAACGCUUGCAGUGAGCAUGCCUAAAUGAUAGUUUGAAGUGAUCUACAAAUAUAGUGGAGCUACUCACUACUGAGUCACUUUUUUAACAGUGCGAUUUCUGUUUCAUGGGGGUUUCGUUUUUUUUGUAGUAGUAGAAGUAGUAUAAGCCUAUUUCAGUUCAAUUGUAGGUUUCAAUAAAUUGCCUUAAAACUGCUCAAAAUGUAAUGUCUCUCCUAUUUCUUCUUUUUGCAUUGUAAGGCUGAGAUGAUGAGUGUAAAACAUUCAUCAAUAUUCACCAAUAUAACAAGCAGAGAACAAGCAUGAAACAUUUGGCCUGUGAGGUUGUUUGAACUAUAAUGAAUGAUAAUGAAAAAAUAAAGAAUAAACUGCUUCUCUGGUGAGAUUUUGUUGACAUACCUCCCAGUCUCUAUGUUGUGCUCGGCAUGACUUUAAUUUCAGCCCGUUCUCGGGCUCCCUCCAGGAAAGUGGACUCUGUGGGUCAGUUAGUGGAGAAGAGGAUGAGGUGUUUAAUGGAGUGUAUCCUCAGUAAUAGCAGACACCCUCUGCAUGGGAUCCUGGCAGCUCAGAGGAGCAGACGCAGUGAUAGACUCCUCUCUCUCUGCUGCAGGACUGAUUGGUUCCGCAGGUCAUUUGUUCCUGCUGGAAUUAGACUGCUUAACACCUGAUGUGUGUACUUAAUAAGCACCAUUUAGCACUUUUUUUGUACCUGGGUAUGGACUCUGUUGUGUAUGCUUUUUGUGUUACUUCUUUAUUAGUAUUACUAUUAUUUUUAUUAUUUGUGCGCUGUUGGACAAAUGAAUUUCCCCAUUGGGGAUUAAUAGAGUAUCUAUCUAUCUAUCUAUCUAUCUAUAUAUAUUUAUAUAUAUAUAUAUAUUUUUUUUUUUUCUCGGGUUUUCCUGUUUGAACUCGGGUUCAACAACCCUCUGGGCUGGAGAGCUACUAGUCUGUAACACUCCGAUUUAAACAUUUUCCAACACACUUUUUUUGUGGACCGAAUGGAAUGACAUGGAAAAAAUAUCGCUUUAAUUGCUUACGACCCUUGCAGCAUCACUUUCAUGAGCCAUCAGGUGCUGUCUCAGAACCCCUUUGGUUAAGAACCCUUGAUUUAAACCAUUAAUUUCGUCUGUGUCCAGUAAAAAAAUAUAUAUAUCUCUUUUUUGUUUAUUUUAAGUUUACUGCAUAAUUUGAACAGACGAACUGUCCCUUACACUGUGCCAAAAUUAAAAAAAUACUUCAAAAUUACCUGAAAUAAACUCUUUUUUUAUUGACUUCCAUUUUUCAAGUUUUUUUCUAUCUCCUGUAAAGUUGCUUUUUUUUGGAGAUACUUGUUUUUCAUUGAACAGCGACAAAAUUAAAGGACCUGACAUUUACAUUAAGAUAGCUAACAUUUACCCAUUUGAAAUGUAGACAGUUUGUGGU